GACGGCAAGGGGUGGGGGCCGGAAGGGGAGGCUGGCUAAUGGGGAGUCCUAGGAGAAGGCGCGGAGGGCAGGGCCAGGUGCGGAGCGGGGCGCACGGCGGGCGCCGAGAGCCCAGGUGACUCCUGCUCAGGUCAUGCUGCUGUCCCCUGAUCUAGCUGGCCGUGCCAGGUGACCAUGCCUGCUCUCGGCUCAGCUCUCCUCCAGGCGCUCUGGGCCGGGUGGGCCCUUGCCCUCCAGCCCCCUCCGCCAGCGGCGUUCACUCCCAAUGGCACACACCUGCAGCACCUGGCAAGGGACCCCACCUCUGGCACCCUUUAUGUGGGGGCCACCAACUUCCUGUUCCAGCUGAGCCCUGAACUACACCUGGAGGCCACAGUGUCCACAGGCCCCGUGCUGGACAGCAGAGAUUGCUUGCCGCCCGUGAUGCCCGACGAGUGCCCCCAGGCCCAGCUUACCGAUAAUCCCAACCAGCUGCUCCUUGUGAGCCCGGGGGCCCUGGUGGUGUGCGGGAGCGUGCACCAGGGCGUCUGCGAACAGCGGCGCCUGGGGCAGCUGGGGCAACUGCUGCUGCAGCCAGAGCGGCCUGGGGACACCCAGUAUGUGGCUGCCAAUGACCCUGCGGUCAGUACGGUGGGCUUGGUGGCCCGGGGCUUGGCGGGGGAGCCCCUCCUGUUUGUGGGGCGGGGAUACACCAGCAGGGGCGUGGGGGGUGGGAUUCCGCCCAUCACAACCCGGGCCCUGAGGCCGCCAGACCCCCAAGCUGCCUUCUCCUAUGAGGAGACGGCCAAGCUGGCAGUGGGCCACCUCUCCGAGUACAGCCACCACUUCGUGAGUGCCUUCGUGCGUGGGGCCAGUGCCUACUUCUUGUUCCUGCGGCGAGACCUGAAGGCUCCGUCCAGAGCCUUCCGUGCCUACGUGUCUCGUGUGUGCCUUUGGGAUCAGCACUACUACUCCUAUGUGGAGUUGCCUCUGGCCUGCCAGGGGGGCCGCUACGGACUGAUCCAGGCUGCAGCUGUGGCCACAUCCGGGGGGAUGGCCGGGGGGGAGGUGCUCUUUGCCGCCUUCUCCUCAGCGGCACCCCCCACUGUGGGCCAGCCACCGUCCGCGGCUACUGGGGCAUUGAGAGCGUCUGCACUCUGCGCCUUCCCCCUGGACGAGGUGGACCGGCUCGCUAAUCACACACGAGACGCCUGUUACACCCGCAAGGGCCUUGCUGAGGACAAGACCGAGGUGGCCUACAUUGCCUAUCACGUCAGUUCCUCCUGUGACCAGCUGCCGGUGGACACCCCGGAUGCUUUUCCCUGUGGCUCAGACCACACACCCAGCCCCAUGGCCAGCCGUGUCCCUUUGGAAGCCACACCAGUUUUGGAGUGGCCAGGGGUUCAGCUAACAGCUGUGGCAGUCACCAUGGAGGAGGGCCACACCAUUGCUUUUCUGGGAGACAGUCAAGGACAGCUGCACAGAGUGUACCUGGGCUCGGGGAGCGAUGGCCGCUCGUAUUCCACGCAGAGCAUCCAGUGGGGUUCUGCGGUGAGCAGGGACCUCACCUUCGAUGGAAACUUCGAGCAUCUGUAUGUCAUGACUCAGACCACACUUGUGAAGGUUCCCGUGGCCUCCUGUGCCCAGCACCUGGACUGUGCGUCUUGCCUUGCUCACCGGGACCCGUACUGUGGGUGGUGUGUGCUCCUCGGCAGGUGCAGUCGCCGUUCUGAAUGCUCCAGGGGCCAGCGUCCAGAGCAGUGGCUGUGGAGCUUCCAGCCUGAGCCAGGCUGUCUUCGAGUGGCAGCCGUGAGCCCUGCCAACCUCAGCCGGGAGGAGAAGAGGGAGGUUUUCCUGCUGGUACCGGACCUGCCACCCCUGUGGCCAGGGGAGUCUUAUUCUUGCCACUUUGGAGAACAUCAGAGUCCUGCCCUGGUGACCGGUUCUGGAGUGAUGUGCUCUUCCCCAGACUCUAGUGAGGUCCCGGUGCUGCAGAAAGGAGCCGACCACGUGUCCGUGAGUGUGGAGCUCCGGUUCGGCGCCGUGGUGAUUGUCAAAGCGUCCCUUUCCAUCUAUGACUGUGUGGCCGUCACCGAGCUCCACCCGUCUGCACCGUGCCAGGCCUGUGUGAGCAGCCGCUGGGGCUGCAACUGGUGUGUCUGGCAGCACCUGUGCACACACAAGGCGGCGUGCGAUGCCGGGCCGAUGGUGGCGAGCCAGCAGAGCCCGCUUUCCUCCCUAGCUCCUCUUGCGAGAGGCAUACCUAGCCCCCUCCCACCCACGACCCCCGAAGCCACGGCCACCCCUACCCCUUACACCACUCCUGCGGAGCCCGGAGCUCCCGCCAUAACUGCCGCCUCAGAUGUGCCGCCUGGGGUCAGGCCUUCCCUGCUCAGCCCCCAGGGGCCCCGGGCAGGUCCCAGCCCUAUACCUUCCCCCGCCUCCACGGAGUCACCUCUCCACGAGCAACCCCCCUUGUCCAGCCUCCCCACCAGACCUGGAGCCUCUGUCCCUGCCCCCACUGACCUGGGGCCCUCGGCCACACCGGAGGACCUCUCGACCUCCCACCCGGCACCCUCAGAAGUAGCGGCAGUGCCCCCUGCAGAGCCUGACCCCGAGGCCCUUCCCUCUGCGGUGGCCCUGGACCAGCCCCCUGGCACUGCUCCCGCCACCACUUUCCCAGGGGCCGCUGGCUCCACGAACCCCGCUCUGGACUGGCUCAUGAGAGAAGGCGGCGAGCUGCCCGAGGCAGAUGAGUGGACAGGGGGUGACGCGCCCGCCUUCUCCACUUCCACCCUCCUCUCAGGUGACGGAGACUCAGCAGAGCACGAGGGCCCCCCCGCCCCCCUCAGCCUCCUGCCCAGCCUGGACUACCAGUACGACACCCCCGGGCUCUGGGAGCCGGGAGAGGUGAGUUGGAGGGCCAGCUCUUGUCCCUGUGUGGAGAGUGUCCAGAGCUCUCCGCUGAUGCCCGUCCGCGUGCAGCGAGAGGUCCGCCUGCGGGGCCGGAACCUGCGCCUCCUGCAGGACAGCCCGGGAGACAGCGAGUGUGUGAUGCAGCUGGAGGGCCUUGAGGUGGCGGUGAAGGCCCGGGUGGAGUGUGAGCUGCCUCCGGACACCUGGUGCCACGUGACGUGCCAGCAGCACCAGCUCAGCUACGAGGCCCGGCAGCCUGAGCUGCGGGUGGAGCUGUUCGUGCGCUGGGCCGGCCGCCUGCGUGUGGACAGUGCUGACGGGCUGCAUGUGGUCCUGUACGACUGUUCCGUGGGACAUGGGGACUGCAGCCGCUGCCAGACCGCCAUGCCCCAGUACGACUGUGUGUGGUGCAAAGGAGAGCAUCCGCGUUGCGUGGCCAGGGAGGCCUGUGGCCAGGCUGAGGCUGUGGCCACCCAGUGUCCUGCGCCUCUCAUCUCCUCGGUGGAACCCCUGACUGGACCCGUGGACGGAGGCACUCGCGUCACCAUCAGGGGCUCCAACCUGGGCCAGCAUGUUCAGGAUGUACUGGACAUGGUCAGGGUGGCCGGAGUGCCCUGCGCCGUGGAUGCCCGGGAUUACGAAGUCUCCAGCAGCCUCGUGUGCAUCACUGGCGCCAGCGGGGAGGAGGUGGCUGGCGCUGUGGCCGUGGAAGUGCCAGGAAGAGGCCGCGGCGUCUCGGAGCUCAGCUUUGCCUACCAGGACCCCAAGGUGCAUUCCAUUUUUCCAGCCCAAGGCCCCAGGGCUGGGGGUACCUACCUUACUCUGAAUGGUUCCAAGUUCCUGACCGGGCGCGUGGAGGACCUGCGAGUGGUGGUGGGAGACCAGCCCUGUCGCCUGCUGCUGGAGCCACAGGGGGAGCAGCUGCGCUGUGAGACCAGCCCGUACCCCGCGCCCGCCACCCUUCCCGUGACCGUGUGGUUUGGGGCCGCGCAGCGGAGGCUUCAGCAGGGCCAGUUCAAGUAUACAGCAGACCCUAACGUCACCUCUGCCGGCCCCACCAAGAGCUUCCUCAGUGGCGGGCGUGAGAUCUGGGUCCGUGGCCAGAAUCUGGAUGUGGUGCAGAUGCCAAGGAUCCGGGUGACUGCGGCUCUGGGAGCUCUGCAGCCUGGUCGGGGUCCGGGGCGGAGGCGCCGUGUGGUCCCAGAGGCAGCGUGUUCCCCUGGAGCCUCCUGUGGCGGGCAGCGUUUUGAGGAACCGUGCAGCGUGAACUCCUCCCAGCUCAUCCUGUGUCGCACACCUGCCCUCCCGGGCCUGCCUGAGGACCCCUGGGUCCGGGUGGAGUUUGUCCUCGAUAAUUUGGUCUUCGACUUUGCAAAACUGAGUCCCACUCCCUUCUCCUAUGAGGCUGACCCCACCCUGAAGCCCCUCAACCCUGAGGACCCCACUGCGCCGUUCCGGCACAAGCCCGGGAGCGUGUUCUCUGUGGAGGGGGAGAAUCUGGACCUUGCGAUGUCCAAGGAGGAGGUGGUGGCCAUGAUAGGAGACGGGCCCUGCGUGGUGAAGACGCUGACCCGGUACCACCUGUACUGCGAACCCCCCAUGGAGCAGCCCUUGCCGUGGCCUCAUGCCCUCCGGGAGGCGCCUGACACUUUGCCCGAGUUCACGGUGCAGAUGGGGAACCUGCGCUUCUCCCUGGGUCAUGUGCAGUACGACGGCGAGAGCCCUGUGGCCUUUCCUGUGGCGGCCCAGGUGGGCCUGGGGGUCGGCACCUCGCUUCUGGCCCUGGGAGUCAUCGUCAUUGUCCUCAUGUACAGGCGGAAGAGCAAGCAGGCCCUGAGGGACUAUAAGAAGGUCCAGAUCCAGCUGGAGAAUCUGGAGAGCAGCGUGAGGGACCGCUGUAAGAAGGAAUUCACAGACCUCAUGACGGAGAUGACCGACCUCACCAGCGACCUUCUGGGCAGUGGCAUCCCCUUCCUGGACUACAAGGUGUACGCCGAGAGGGUCUUCUUCCCUGGCCACCAGGAGUCGCCCUUGCACCGCGACCUCGGUGUGCCGGAGAGCAGGCGGCCCACUGUGGAGCAGGGCCUGGGACAGCUCUCCAAUCUGCUCAACAGCAAGCUCUUCCUCACCAAGUUCAUACACACGCUGGAGGGGCAGCGCACCUUCUCGGCUCGGGACCGCGCCUACGUGGCGUCUCUGCUCACGGUCGCCCUGCACGGCAAGCUCGAGUACUUCACGGACAUCCUCCGCACCCUGCUCAGCGACCUGGUGGCCCAGUAUGUGGCCAAGAACCCCAAGCUGAUGCUGCGCAGAACGGAGACCGUGGUAGAGAAGCUGCUCACCAACUGGAUGUCCAUUUGCCUCUACACCUUCUUGAGGGACUCGGUAGGGGAGCCUCUGUACAUGCUCUUCCGCGGGAUUAAGCAUCAGGUGGACAAGGGGCCAGUGGACAGCGUGACUGGCAAAGCCAAGUAUACCCUCAACGACAACCGCCUGCUCAGAGAGGACGUGGAGUACCGGCCCCUGACCUUGAAUGUGCUGUUGGCCGUGGGGCCUGGGGCGGGAGAGUCUCCGGGGGUGCCGGUGAAGGUCCUGGACUGUGACACCAUCUCCCAGGCCAAGGAGAAGAUGCUAGACCAGCUUUAUAAAGGAGUUCCUCUUGCCCAGCGGCCGGACCCUCACACCCUGGACGUUGAGUGGCGGUCGGGGGUGGCUGGUCACCUCAUCCUGUCCGAUGAGGACGUCACUUCUGAGGUCCAGGGGCUGUGGAGGCGCGUGAACACUCUGCAGCAUUACAAGGUCCCAGACGGAGCGACUGUGGCCCUUGUUCCCUGCCUCACCAAGCAUGUUCUCAGGGAGAACCAGGAUUACGUCCCCGGGGAACGGACUCCAAUGCUGGAAGAUGUGGACGAGGGGGGCAUCCGACCCUGGCACCUGGUGAAGCCCAGCGAGGAGCCAGAGCCACCCCGGCCGCGGAGGGGCAGCCUUCGGGGCGGGGAGCGGGAGCGAGCCAAGGCCAUCCCCGAGAUCUACCUGACCCGCCUGCUGUCCAUGAAGGGCACCCUGCAGAAGUUCGUGGAUGACCUGUUCCAGGUGAUUCUCAGCACCAGCCGCCCCGUGCCUCUGGCUGUGAAGUACUUCUUUGACUUGCUGGAUGAGCAGGCGCAGCAGCACGGCAUCUCCGACCAGGACACCAUUCACAUCUGGAAGACCAACAGCCUGCCUCUGAGGUUCUGGAUCAAUAUCAUAAAAAACCCGCAGUUCGUGUUCGACGUGCAGACGUCUGAUAACAUGGAUGCAGUGCUCCUUGUCAUUGCACAGACGUUCAUGGACGCCUGCACCCUGGCUGAUCACAAGCUGGGCCGGGACUCCCCCAUCAACAAGCUUCUGUAUGCUCGGGACAUCCCCCGCUACAAAGGAAUGGUGGAAAGGUACUACGCAGACAUCAGGCAGACCGUCCCAGCCAGCGACCAGGAGAUGAACUCUGCCCUGGCUGAGCUGUCCCGGAACUACUCCGGCGACCUUGGGGCCCGAGUGGCGCUGCAUGAACUCUACAAGUACAUCAACAAAUACUAUGACCAGAUCAUUACUGCCCUGGAGGAGGACGGCACGGCCCAGAAGAUGCAGCUGGGCUAUCGGCUCCAGCAGAUCGCAGCUGCUGUGGAGAACAAGGUCACGGAUCUGUAGGCACCGGGGAGCCCUGGCCUGCGGUUGCCUUCGCCCUGCCUGGGCAGGCCUGGAACCUUGAAGGAGAGACCACCGUCUUAGAUGCCUGUAGUGACUGACGAGCAGAGUUAGAGGAAGGUGGCUUCCAGUCUCCUUAGCGCUCCGGCCUGGGUGCUGUUGGACCAUCUUGCAGGCCUGGGGCUUGAGGCUCAUAGGGCGGUGCCGUGCCGGCUCGGAGCCCAGUGACCCUGUGAGCUGCUUCCGUGUGACGCCGGCCUGCAGGGAGUUGGGGAUUGAGGGUUUCCAGAGAGUGGCUGCAAGGGCCUCCAGGCCCCUGAGGAGACUGUACUGUGCGUGAGUCCUGGCCUUUGUCCCGUCAGGAUUCGGGGGGGAAGGAAAGCCUUCCGACUCCCGGUCUUCCUCUUCUGUCCUCUUUGAACUUGGUUCAGCUUCCUCUGUUUUGUUGCUGCUGCCACCUGCCAGGUGUGAGAGAGAAAUGCCAUUUCCAGGUCACCGCACACUGACCUCUGCGCUGGGCUGGCUGCCUCAGGCCCCCCUGCCUCCCGGGCGGCACUUGGUACCCUUGUGAGGGGCAUGAGCUGCCGGGGCCCCUCGAGGAGAGGGUGGCCUGCUCGCCCGGCUUGUCAUUAAAGGGUAACACACUGUGUGGAGUCUGAUGUGUGGGCCGCCAGCCCUCCCCUGUGUGUGGAGGUAGCUGUGCUUAGCAGGCACCGGGGGAGGCUGGCCGUGCAUGUGGAGGCAGCUGUGGGCCCACAGGUCCCCGCCUGCAGGGCUGGCUGGCUGUCCUUGGCUCCAGGGCGUGUCCUGCAGGGGUAAAGCUGGGGAGGAAGUGAGAACUCCAUCGAGGACAGGGCUGGGGAGGCUGUGACCUGAUGGAGGAGUUCACUGUCUCUUCAAGGGGCCUGGCUGGCUGCAGCUUGGGUGUUUUACCGUCUUCACCUGGGUCCCAUUUAGUUUGAAAGGGGCUGGGGCGGGAUCGCACCCUGGCAGCCGACUCUAAACAGCGUGAGGGUUUUCUGUGGCCCUGUUUCUGGAUUCCUGGUUUCACGACUUUCUUCUGAGUCAGGACAUCUUAGGGGCGGGGUUCCACCUCACUGCCUGCCUGCGUAAAGGCACCUUGGGUGUUUUUUCCCAUUUGUAGGUGAGUUCUGAGACUGUUAGUGGGGUCUCCCAUUGCUGUUGGGCCAGUAAGGGUGGGGCUGGUGCUCUGCUGGCAGACCAGACCAUUACCAAACAGAGGCAAGAGGAGGGUGCUGCAGACGAGGACCCCCAGCAGGCUCGCUUCCCAUCGCCCAGUGGCCACCGCCCCUGCUUCCCUUGCCCUCUGUCCAGAAGUUCAGCCUCCCCUUGGGCUUCCCUGGAGUGUGAAGAGCCAGAGGCCGACACGGUUCUGGGAAGAGUCCCUUCCUCUCUUGGCCACAAAGCAAUCUGCAAAGUCUUUGUCCCUAAGAUAGCAAGUCGACAGUGGGUCUUGUCUGUGUCCGGGGCGUCACGGCCGCUAUUCUGUGCUGGCUCUGAUGACCCUUCUUCGUUUCUGCCGGGUGUGGGGACCACGGUCAGGUGCUGCCAUUUGGGAGCAGGUGAACUUUAGUCCUUUGAACGGGUGCCCCGGCUAGGUCUUUUUCUUCCUGGUACUGAGGGUUGAGCCCAGGACUCACACAUGCUAGGCUGACUCCACCAUGGAGCUACGUCACCAGCCUUUUCAAUUUUUUUUUUAAUUUCAUGACGGGUCUUGAAAGUUGCCCAGGCUGCCUUCAAACUUGGGACCCUCCUGUUUUGGCCUCCGGAGCAGCUGGUGUGACAGGUGUGCGCCACUAUACCCAGCCCAGCUAGGUUUCCACGGUCCCUCAAAAUGGUUCUGAAUUUCCUCUGGAGGCUCUGGCAAACUCUGGAGCUGACAGUCUCAGGGAGCAGGGCUAGUGGGGAAUUAGACUAGGGCGGCCUUCAGCAGGAACAGGGGGAGACAGCCGUGGACAAUGUCACAGGGCUUGUGGCAGAGCUAUGCUGCCCUGCCGUUCCAGAGUUGAGGGCUCCCGGGAGAGGAAGGCCAAGGCCUGCAUGUCUGGACCUGUGCACACGGGACUGUAAGUGCUGAACAUGCUGUAAGUCACGCACUUUCAUCUCUCCCCUCACAGAACACUUGCGAUAAAAGAGGUAAAGGAGCCGGGCGUGGUGGCGCACGCCUGUAAUCCCAGCACUCGGGGGUCUGAGGCAGGAGGAUUGUUGCAAGUUUGAGGCCAGGCUGGGCUACAUAGGGGGUUCAAGACCAGCCUGCGCUACAUAGCGAGACCAUCUCUCCAAAACACAAAACCCCACCACAGCAAGAUCGCAAACGUCACUUAGCUGAGUGGAGAUGCCAGCGCUGGCAGGGCUUAGUGGUGGUUCAUGGGGGUUUAGGCCGCAAUUUCACCGUAGAACAUUUGUGAUUUGGGUCGGCCGGUCCUUUUUUCUUUACCAGCAUUGCAGAGGCGCAUACCUGCUAGCGCAGAGGGCGGUUGUUUCACAUCUGCGGCUCCUUGAGGGGUUUAUGGAAUGACUUGGUUUCUUAAAAUAGUUUUCACUAAUUUAAAUAUUGGAGUAAUUGUCCAAAGUGGUUAGAAGAUCCAGGAGUAUUUUUAUUAACUUUGUGAUGUUGAAAAGAUGAUGUGCUGGUCAAUAUAAUAACAGCUGAAUGUGUGGUAAUAAAUGUUGGAAGCAGCUUG